AUGCGCAACACAUUGAUCUUCGCCGGCAGCUCAUGCCCCAACCUCACGAGCCAAAUAUGCUCCAACCUGGGCAUGACAACCGCUGCCGUCGAGCUUUCACAGUUUGCAAAUGGCGAGACCAGCGUGAAGAUUCUGACCAGUGUUCGAGAGAAGGAUGUCUUUGUGGUCCAAUCGGGGAGCCCCAGGAUCAAUGACAGUAUCAUGGAGCUUCUCAUCAUGAUAUCUGCGUGCAAAGGAGGCUCAGCAAAUAAACUGACUGCGGUUUUGCCGUAUUUCCCAUAUAGCAGACAAUCUAAGAAGAAGUCACAUCGAGGAGCAAUCACGGCACGCAUGCUUGCCAAUCUCCUCCACGUAGCUGGAAUCAACCAUGUCAUCACCGUGGAUCUACAUGCCUCGCAGAUGCAGGGCUUCUUCAAGUGUCCAGUCGACAACCUACACGCAGAACCUCUGAUAGCACGAUGGAUCAGACACAAUGUACCUACUUGGAGAGAGGCCGUCUGUGUAUCCAAAAAUGCCGGAGGCACCAAGCGCGUUACAUCGUUGGCGGACGCCUUGAAGCUGAACUUUGGCAUUGUCACAACUGAUAGGAAGCGGGGAGGUGGCAACAUGACUGCUAGCAUGAUCAUGAGACGGCUAGAUGGGUUCGAGCAGGACGCAGAAGUAGAUGCAGAUGUAACUAACCUGCAUAUUGGCAGGGAGGAUACCCCUCUGGAGGACACGCCCACAGAGGAGAAGUCGAAAAACCCUGAGCUCAACAACUCGGAUACCGGCCCUGGGGAGCGUAAGCCAGAACAAAAACCAAAUGGAACAACUCCACCAACCCCACCAAGACCGACAAACGCUCGCCCGGAUAUCCAACAAUCUCCAAUACGGAAUCCGCAUAUAGUGACUGCUCUUAGGUCGAGCCAUACCUCUCGGUCGCCUUUAGUUCGCUCACAAACCUCGCCCGCAACCCCAGCACCCCUCCAUGACCUCCACGAUGACUUAGAAUACACUGAUGAACGAGCUCGAGAUAUAAUACAUGGACGGCUGGUCCAAGGUCAUAUUGUUCCUGAUGACUAUCCGUCACCCACCCCAUCCGCCAUGUCAAACUCAGUCAUACUCGACCGUCCAGAUGAAGACCCAAUGGAAAUGUCUCGAGCAUCCUCAUUCUUCAACCCGGAAGCCCACGCACUUGGCGGUACUGGAGAUGCUGCAGCAUCGUCGGAUGAAGAGGAAGAAAACUUCACCAAUCCGGGUGUAGAGCAAAUGAUCACAUUGGUAGGCGACGUGCGAAAUCGGACAGUUUUCAUUGUCGACGACAUGAUUGACAAGGCCGGAAGCUGGAUUGCAGCAGCUGAAACCGUCAAGAAGCGUGGCGGUGCAAAGAAAGUAUAUUGCAUUGCUACUCACGGCCUCUUUGGUGGAGACGCCCUCGAUGAGAUGCAACAGUGCGAUUGCAUCGAUACAAUCCUGGUCACGAACUCCUUCCCAAUCUCGGCAGAGAAAGUUCGAAACGCUAGUAAGCUGGUUGUUCUGGACUUGUCCAAUCUGCUAGCGGAAGCUAUUCGCAGGAACCAUUAUGGGGAGUCAAUAUCUGCCCUCUUUUCACAUUCGAGUGACUAG